AUGCGCAGUGGAGAUCCGAUCAAUGCACCCUCCGACUGCGCGCGCCACCCUCGCCCUACGCCGAGGCCAGCUACGCAGUUCGCCACGGAGAAAACACCGCUUGUGCCCCGACGCGUCACUCCGUGCGCUCUUGGACGCCCACGCUCCUUCGCUUGGUUCGCGUUUCGCCAGUCGGCUGGCAGCCGCGUGACUCAUCGGAUAAUCCCGAAGAUCCGACGCGUCGCUGAUUGUCUCAUGGGCUCGGUGUCGCUGGAC